AUGCAGUUGGACAAUUGGCUGGAAGACACCGACUUGGAUGCCUGUGUGAUUGCCGUCGUCCAUGGUAUCUUUUUCGCAUAUCUGAAAGGCAAGCCAGUGGAUGGUCGAUCGGCUCCAGUUCCUCAGACUUACUCUACAACUAUCUCGAUAAUAUCGGCUAGUGCUGUGGGACUGUUGCUUCGUUUCAGCUUGGGUCUUUCCUUCACACAAUAUCUGUGGCGCGUCCUUCGCUCGGCGUCGCUCAAGAUCUCUAUAAUUGAGCAGCUGUUCUCCAUGCGCUCGAGUUUGACAUUUGUCCAACAUAGAGUCAUCUUGCAGAAAGUGUGGCCUCUCAUUCUAAUAACAAUCAUCAUAUGGUGCACAUCCAUUGCUAUGAGUUUCCCGGCGAUGACAGUUACUCCAUCCUUCCGCGAACAUAUUGUGGUCGAUUUUUCAGUGCCCACAUUCAAUGCAGAAGACAUCUGGGAUAUGCCCUCUCCCGGUGGGUCGGACUGCUCGUAUGUUUUACGAUUUACUGGUUCGUAUCUCCAGUGUGGAAGCAGCUACCAUAACCACACAUAUAACAUGGAAACAAAAGCACCUAUGCGCGGCGCUUGGCAACCACGUUUUCCAUUUACCGGGUAUAACGCCUCUUGGGAUCCAUCUGCGUCCACGUCCCUAUCCAGGUCAAUCGACCAGUUAUACUGGAAAGCAGCUGCGCGGCUCCAGAUCAGCAUGUUUCAACUCAACGGCAGAUUAGGUGUUAAAAAGCUGAAUACAAGCGUGUACAUUGGGCCUGCAGAAUUCACGACCGAACAUUACAGGCUCGAUAUCCUUGAGCAUCGUUUGGACUGUGUUCCAUCUGGUGCCGAGUGCACAGUUCAGACUGUCUACCGAAAUAAUGUACCAUUCUUCAAUGUGUCCAUGACCCUACCUCUGUCCAUAGACUCCAUACCUUGA